UCACACGCUGUUUACGUUGACGUCAUGGGUCUCCCUGGCAACUGAACUUGACAGCUGUUCAACAAGGGAACAUGGUCAGGGAAGAUGUUAAUCCACUCAGACUGACCGAGGACCGCAACAGCAACCAGGGAAACAUGGGCCUGUUGUCCAUUCUACGGAGGCUGAAACAGUCCCCAGACCAGGAGGUGCGCUUACUCUUGUUAGGUCUCGACAAUGCUGGGAAGACCACUCUGCUGAAACAGCUGGCAGCUGAAGAUAUCAGCCACAUCACCCCAACUCAAGGCUUCAAUAUAAAGUGUGUUCAGUCCUCUGGCUUCAAGUUGAAUGUGUGGGACAUCGGAGGUCAGCGCAAUAUCCGUCCUUACUGGAGGAACUACUUUGAGAACACAGAUGUGCUGAUGUAUGUGAUUGACAGCUCGGACAAGAAAAGGUUUGAAGAGACAAGCCUGGAGCUGGCUGAGCUGCUGGAGGAGGAGACGCUUGCUGCCGUGCCACUGCUAAUCUUUGCUAACAAGCAGGACCUGAUGACAGCCACCGCCGCCUCGGAGCUGGCAGAGAGUCUCGAUCUGCACACGAUCCGGGAUCGCAUGUGGCAGGUCCAGGCCUGCUCAGCAGUCACAGCUGAGGGAAUUCAGGAUGGGAUGACCUGGGUUUGCAGAAAUAUAAAGUUCCGGAAGAAAUAACCGAAGAAGCAAAGGAUCCACGAAGAAUUGCAGCUGCACUUUACACAUAACGCAGUUAUUUUUACAUCAGGAUGAGAAGCCGACAGAUUGUGUUAUUUUUUUAUUUAUCCUAUUCUGUCUUCACUUAGCAUUAUGAAAAAUAUAAUCAAGUCUUUACAGUGAUUCCACACAUUAGCUUCUAAGCCCUGUCAAUGCAGAUCUCUCAAAUGUAAAUACUGUAUAAAGGAUGUUUUGUUCAAACUGCUGACUCUGCAUGCAUUGUGUGUAAUGUGUUGUUUAUCUUGUAGGUAUGGAGACAGUUGGGAGUUGCAUGCCUGUAAUUCACACUAGUUGAAGCUAGAGGGCGGUCUUGUGCUGGCUUUGUCUCUCACUGCCUGAAGCUCAAUUAUUAAUAUUAUCUGCUUCCCGUCAGUGAUGUGGCUUCCUGUGCCAUAUUUGAUAUGUUCAUUCACACUCACCGAAUAUUCCUGAACUCAACGAUGUAUGUUCUUCUGCCAACAGAGAUGUACAAAUUGAUUAUAAACCAAGACAUUAAUCAACAA